AUGGGGCCUUCACCCUGGCAAGGAAUUUGGCGGAAAAAUCUUAGCUUGCUAGAAAAGGCUGGUCCAGGUGGCAUUCCAAAAGAAACGGCAGCAGGGGUAUUGCAGGGAGGUUGUGCAAUAAAGCCAGGGAUCCCGAGUGCUCAACAAAGUCGCAUCACGGUACUACGUAGUCAUGACCGGAGUUGGAAUCGGACGGAUCCGAGUCAUUUGACAGACCCACGUGGAUAUCGCGCGCUCCGGCAGUCCCCUACUUAUCUUGCUAUCGGCGACGUUACAUCAUGGCCCACUGCGGAUGCAGGCAACGGCUUUUAUCAACGCAAGAGCCGCACUAGGCACGCAUAUUUUCCACUGCCGGUGCGACGUCAAGUACCGUUGUCGGCCAAUGGCGCGUCUCGGACGACAAUUGUCCAGGAGACGUUCGAGUUGACGAUUGUGGUUUUCCAGGCUUCAGUCUUGUAAUUGCUGAACAGGAUGGCUAUCAACUGUCUGCGGCUGCAAAAACCUUACUGCCAUCUUCUUCAGGGACUUGUCAGGUUCAUACCGGCGUCUCCACUAGCGAUAUUCAACAAAAUACGGGCAAACUCUUCCCCCCCGAGUUUGCCCCCCGAGGAGAUCUACGGUCACGGCUUCCUGUGACCAGAAGAAUCCUUCUUCCGGUUUCAACUCGUCAUAUUGCGCUAUUUUAACCUGGUCCGUGAGAGAAGUUUGCUCCACGGCUGAUCCUGCGCUGGCUGGUCAGCGCUGCCGUGACGGAGGCCAUCCCCACAUAGUCC